AUGGACCAAGCACAAUACGAUGCGAUCAAGGACAACUGGGCAGAGGUGGAGGAUAGAGAUGGCGUCCGGCUCAGUUGGAACAUCAUACCAUCUUCGCGCAUGGAAGCGAACAGAUUGGUUGUCCCCCUCAGUGUUAUGCUGACUCCUCUGAAGGAGCUUAACAAACCAACUCUGCAAUAUGAGCCCGUUACCUGCAAGCCACCGUGUCGAGCCGUGCUGAAUCCGUUCGCCAAUGUUGAUCGAAACCAACUACCCCGUCACUAUGGAGACAUCAGCGCAGAAAACGUGCCUCCGGAGAUGCACAGCCUGAACACCACGGUGGAAUACCAACUCGCACGGCCUGCGCCUGCUCCGCCCAUUUUUGUUUACGUGGUUGAUACUGCAAUCGAAGAUGACAGCUUGCAAGCUUUGAAGGACACGCUGGUCAUGAGUCUGUCAUUGCUCCCUCCGAAUGCGCUGGUCGGACUGGUGACAUUUGGCACCAACGUUGCUGUCCACGAAAUCGGAUACACUGAGUGUCAAAAAGCAUAUGUCUUCAGAGGAAGCAAAGAUUAUGCCGCAAAGCAAGUUCAAGAGAUGCUUGGUCUUUCAGCACCGGGGUUGAGGCCGAAUAUCCCGCCCCAGCAAGGCCGGCCUCCUCCACCAAUGGGCCCUGCAGCUCGUUUCCUCCUCCCUGUUCAACAAGCCGAGUUUCAAAUCACGAAUGCCAUCGAGCAAUUGCAGAAAGAUCCAUGGCCUGUUGCAAACGACCGCCGCCCGCUGCGAAGCACUGGAGUUGCGAUGAGCAUUGCAGUCAGUCUGUUGGAAACAUCAUUCCAGAAUGCCGGAGCGAGGAUUAUGCUUUUCGCUGGUGGACCAGCCACCGAAGGGCCUGGCAUGGUGGUUGGCCCUGAACUCCGUGAGCCGAUCCGAUCGCAUCAUGACAUUGAUCGCGACAAUGUCAAGUACUUCAAGAAAGCCAUCAAAUUCUACGACAACCUGGCGAAGCGUAGUGCUCACAAUGGGCAUAUCAUCGAUUUGUACGUGGGAUGUCUUGACCAAGUUGGUCUGCUCGAAAUGAAGGGGUUGGCAAACUCUACCGGUGGCCACAUGGUCUUGACAGACAGCUUCACUUCUUCUCAAUUCAAGCAGUCCUUUGUCCGAGUCUUCGACAAGGAUGACAACGACAAUCUUCUUAUGGGAUUCAACGCUUCGCUGGAAACCAUUACGACCAAAGAACUCAAGGUGACAGGUCUGAUUGGUCAUGCCAUCUCGCAGAACAAGAAAUCAAGUUCCGUGGGUGAGACAGAGUGCGGAAUCGGAAACACAUCCCUGUGGAAGAUGUGCGGCAUCGAUCCGACUUCCAGCUAUGGUAUCUAUUUUGAAGUGGCGAACCAGGGGGGCCCUACACCCGUGCAGCAAGGUCCACAACGGGGAAUGAUGCAGUUCCUGACCUACUAUCAGCAUUCUUCAGGCCAAUAUCACCUACGUGUCACGACUGUCGCACGGAACCUGAGCGGCCCAGCCGGAGACCCUGCCCUGGCACAGUCCUUUGACCAAGAAGCAGCUGCUGUUCUUAUGGCAAGAAUAGCGGUCUUCAAGGCAGAGGUCGACGACGGCCCAGACGUGCUGCGUUGGGUGGAUCGCAUGCUCAUUCGACUGUGUUCCAGGUUUGCUGAUUACCGCAAAGACGAUCCGACGUCAUUCCGCCUCGACAAGAACUUCACCUUGUAUCCUCAGUUCAUGUUUCACUUGCGCAGAUCGCAGUUUUUGCAGGUGUUCAACAAUUCACCUGAUGAGACUGCCUUCUACAGACAUGUUCUCAAUCACGAAUACGUUGGUGACUCGUUGAUUAUGAUACAGCCCACCCUCGAUUCGUACAGUCUCGAGCACGAAGGCGGCCAGCCGGUGCUGCUCGAUUCGGCCUCCAUUCAACCAAACACAAUUCUUCUCCUCGACACUUUCUUCCAGAUUCUCAUCUACCACGGCGAGACCAUCGCAGAAUGGCGCAAGGCUGGGUACCAAGACCAAGAAGGCUAUGAAAACUUCCGUGCCUUACUGGAGGCUCCAAAAGAGGAUGCCCGAGAGUUGGUACAAGACCGCUUCCCGCUGCCCCGGUUCAUUAUUUGCGACGCCGGCGGCUCCCAGGCUCGUUUCCUUCUGUCGAAGCUGAACCCCUCAACUACCCACGCUACUGGAGGAUACGGAGGCGUGUCCCAAACUGCGCAAACCAUCUUUACCGACGAUGUGUCUCUGCAAACUUUCAUGGACCAUCUCAUGAAGUGA